AUCACAAGACCUCCCCAUUUGAUGCCAACCAGCGCUGUGAGCACCAAGGACAUCAUGCCUGUGCCCAAGAAAGCAGGGAGAAAAAACAAUGUUGCAGAAGAGAAGCUGCCACCAUAUGAGCCAAAUGUCCCUGAACCUACCACCAGGGCUGACUUCAUGAAAUAUUGGCUCCCGCUCUCUAUGGAUGAUAAAACUGCACAGAAACUGUUGUGGAUUUCAGAGGGCGGCUCCAAGGUGGCCCGCACGUCAGAUGCCGUCUGCCCAUAUCCCAACAGGCCUGAGAGAUAUGACCACUCACCACAGGUGCUAUGUAAGGAGGGUCUGAUGGGCUACCGAGGAUACUGGGAAGUGGACUACGACGGCUGGGUGGUGAUUGGGGUGGUUUUUGAGGGUGCACCCCGGAAGGUCCAGGACGGGCGUGGAGCCUGUGGCAUCGGAGAGAACAGCAGCUCCUGGGGCGUCGGCUGGUCAGGCUCCUGCUACCAAGUGUGGCACAACAGUGAGAACGUGGACGUCCAGCUCCCCCUGUCCACCACCAUGGGCGUCUACGUUGACCAGCCCGCAGGCAUCAUCAAGUUCCUCACAGUGGAGGGAGAGGGAGAGAAGGAGGUGCGGCUGAUUCACAAGUUCAAAGCAGACAUCACAGAGAAGAUUUUCCCCGGCUUCUGGGUUGGCACAAAUUCGUUCUGCCUUCUUCGGAAAAAGGAUCAGUGACACAGUGGAGGGCUGAGGAGGACGGGAGGGAGCGAGGAGGGUGAAGCAGGAGGUGACAGGAAGGAGAUGGAGAGCUUGUGAUGUUUGGGGAACAAGUGUUGGAGUUGUAAAGCAGAACUGAAGCACGUUUUGUUUGCUUUCUCUGGUUGCAUGAAGAAAGCUUAUUCAUCUCUUAUUAUAUCCAGAGAUAGCUUAUAUUACUUUAUUUACUACUGUGUAACUAUUUAUGUAUUUUAUUUAACGUAGAAUUUUAGGUUAAUGUUUUUGUAACAAGCGGGAAUUUGCAUGUACUAGAGUGCUUGUUUAACUUAAAGAGUCUGCAUCUUUUUUUAUGUGCUAAAAGUAGUCAAUAAAUAUUAUGUAAUAAA